AUGUGCUCAACAACAUUAUCGUUCACAUCUACCUCAACGCUAAAGAAAAGCAAAGUCAUACCGUGGCGACUUCCGGUCCAAUCAAAGGACUCUUUGGCAUCGGGACUUCUCACGGUUAUCACGAAGGAUUUCGAUCGCGACACUCUGGAAUUCAUCGAGGAAGAGAAAGCUAAGUAUUAUGUAGAACUGGAAGAUUAUUUUUAUAGUGGGCCGGGGACGCACACAAAUCCGAUAGUUAUUACAAAGGAUUUCGAUCGCGACACUCUGGAAUUUAUCGAGGAAGAGAAAGCUAAGCGACUUUUAAACGACGGUCCAGCCAACAUCGUUGAGGUGAAGGCGAUGGUAUCCACACCGGACAGAAAAAUUGAAAAUACACUGAAUAGGGCUGUUAAUACUGAACUUGACAGAGCCAUUCCUAUGGUUAUGAAUAGAAUGCAAGGUCCAAUGCCGAACAUGGACGAUGACCUUAGGAAAGAGUUGGAGCAAGCUUUGGUAGACGAAUUGGCGAAAAAUCUUGGCGAAACCAUCGAUAAUAUGGGUCCCAGCCCAACUGAUGAAGAUCUAGGAACUCUCAUUGGUCGGUGA